GGCAACUUCAUCGGCAAAGGUCAAUUUGGCACAGUCUACCGAGCUCUCAACCUCGACACAGGUCAAAUGGUUGCUAUCAAGCGUAUUGCGCUCGACGGCAUGGAAGACCACGAGAUUGACGAUGUCAUGCGAGAGGUGGAGCUCCUCAAGAGGUUGGAUCAUCCCAGCAUCGUCAAAUAUGAGGGGAUGUCUAGGGAUCCGGAUUAUCUCAGUAUCAUCCUAGAAUUUGUGGAGAAUGGUUCUCUUGGAUCGGUGCUUAAAGCUUUCGGGAAAUUCAACGAGCGUCUCGCCGCCACAUACACUGCCAAAAUUCUCGAAGGACUAGACUACUUACACCGGGAAGGCGUGGUACAUUGCGAUCUCAAAGCUGCCAAUAUCCUCUCGACGAAGAACGGGAAUGUCAAAUUGACAGACUUCGGGGUAUCACUCAACACCAAGGCCAUGGAGAAUAUUCAACAAACUGCUAUGUCCGGUGUGAUGGGGACCCCCAAUUGGAUGGCUCCAGAAGUCAUCAACCUUGAUGGUGCGCGACCACCAAGUGACAUUUGGUCAUUGGGAUGUACGGUAAUUGAAAUGAUCACCGGCAAACCUCCAUUCUCGGAUGUCAGUCAUCCAAUGGCCGUGAUGUGGCGAGUGGUUGAAGGUGCUCCGCCAAAUCCUCCGGAAGGUUCAUCAGAUGAUCUGACACACUUCCUCUCACGAUGUUUCGAGAAAGACCCAGAUGUCCGACCUACCGCCUCUGAACUGUUUGAGCAUCCAUGGAUUAAGCGGUACAACCCCGGCCUGGUGAGUUCCCUUGUGGUGACACAAAUGAAGACCGACGGUUGA